UUAAUGGUAUUAUUCAUAUAAUUCACUACAACGAUUUUCAGUCGUUUUGUUUUGCUAAACACACAGUGACAAUUUAUAAUAUGCUUAAAAUUUAAUGGUUUUGUUUUGGCACAAUAGGUUUUAUUUUGCCAGAGAAAGCUAUUGACAGACAAUGAAUGCCAAGGAAAUAUCUCAUACAUAAUAUGGGAAUUUUCACUGUCAGAUGCCGAUGGUAGUAUUUCAUUUGUUUAAAUAUUAAACUAUUUAUGACUACCACGACAAUUUACGUUAUGUCUUUUUAAAUAAUUGGAUUUUCUUGUUUGAUUUUAAAUAUUCUUAAAACAAUGGUUAGGCUAUCACUUAAACGGACAGUGAAAAAUAUCACAAUAUUUAUGGCCAUAGUUAUCACUUACUUUUGGCUAUUUUCAAACAGUCGUAUACCAAUAAAGGACGUUAAUCAAGAUACACAUGGUAUGAAAAAGUUGUUGAUAGAUAAUUUUUGGGUCCCCGAGAAACAACUGCAAAGUGUUAGAGGACUUGGAGAUGGUGGAAAAGCAGUUAAAACAAGCGCUGAAGAAGCAAAACAAAGAGAAAAAGCUUAUGCAGAAUAUGGUUUUAAUCAAUUUAUUAGUGAUAAAAUUUCUCUAAACAGGACUUUGCCAGACACAAGGCCAAGAGAAUGUAAAUAUCGACAUUAUUUGACAAGAUUGUUAACAGCAUCAGUAGUUAUAAUAUUCCACAACGAAGGAUGGUCAACAUUGAUGAGAACUGUUCACAGUGUUUUAAACAGAUCACCUCCCAGAAUGCUCAAAGAAAUUGUUCUUGUUGAUGAUGCCAGUCAAAAAGAACAUUUAAAAUCUCGCCUAAACUCCUACAUAAAGACACUAGGAAAAGUACGUUUAAUAAGAUCAAAAGAAAGACUCGGUUUGAUUCGAGCACGCAUGCUUGGUGCAUCAAACAUCUACGGUGACGUAGUGAUAGUCUUGGAUUCACACUGCGAAGUCAAUCAGGGAUGGUUACCACCGCUUCUUGAACCAAUAACAAUGGAUGAACAUGUUGUCACUUGUCCUAUUAUUGAUUCAAUUGAUCACAAUACAUUCGCAUACAGGCCAAUGGGAUCACAUAUUCGAGGUACAUUCAACUGGAGGUUUGAUUACAAGGAACGAGAGAUCACUGAUGAGCAACGAAGACAACGACGAGAUACGACGGAAGAAGUGUGGUCUCCUGUUAUGGCUGGCGGACUGUUUGCUAUAAGUAAAAAAUUUUUCGACAAACUAGGCCAGUAUGAUCCAGGGAUGGAAGUCUGGGGUGGUGAACAGUAUGAAUUGUCAUUUAAGAUUUGGAUGUGUGGUGGGAAGAUGGCAAAUAUUCCAUGUUCACGCGUAGGUCACGUGUACAGAAGAAACGUGCCCUACACUUAUCCUAAACCAAAUGCCGUUGUCAUAAACUUUCGUCGCGUAGCAGAAGUUUGGAUGGAUGACUACAAACUAUGGCUGUACGAUCGCCGACCGGAUUUGAAGACCGUCACAGACUAUGGUGAUAUAUCCGAGCGGGUUGCACUUCGCAAUCGCUUACAAUGUAAAAGUUUUAAGUGGUAUUUGGAGAAAGUUGCCAAUGACACGGUUCCUCAAGACUAUCAACUAUCGAGAAGUUACACACAGGUACGUAAUCCAGCCACAAACCUGUGUUUAGAUACUAUGGGCAGAGGACCUGGACAACAAUUGGGCGUUUCAGGCUGCCACGGAUUGAUGGGAAAUCAGGGUUUUAUAUAUUCAUACAAGAGAGAGCUUAUUCACGAUGAGGAUUGUCUAGAUAUGGAACAACCAUAUGCUGGAGGUGCUGUAUUCAUAGAGAGAUGUCACGGAUUACGUGGUAGUCAGCAAUUAUUUCUUAUCAAGGACAAAACACUAUACUAUAAGCCAGCUAAACUGUGCCUGUCGAUUUCAAAAAAGAACAACAAUCAAAUUAUUUUGGAUCGCUGUGAUGAAAACAAAUUGCAGACAUGGGAAUUAAAAUGAAAUGGCAACAAAGACAAGCGAUUGGUAGACUGGAUCGAAGCCGUUCGACACUGAAAUGAAAAUUGACAUCUUGUGUUCUUUAAGCACAUUGACUUCUCAUAAAAAUAAUACAUUGAGAAGAUGUUGCGUGAGGUACAAACGAAACGUUGUUCCAAGUUUGUUGAAACACAAAUACAAAGAUUUUUUUAUUAACUAUUA